GAUGUGACUCCCCGUGCCUGUCCGGGUGCCCUGAGCCAUGGCUGACACCAUCUUCGGCAGUGGGAAUGAUCAGUGGGUUUGCCCUAACGAUCGGCAGCUUGCCCUGCGAGCCAAGCUGCAGACGGGCUGGUCUGUGCACACCUACCAGACCGAGAAACAGAGGAGGAGCCAGAGCCUCAGCCCAGCAGAGGUGGAGGCCAUCCUGCAGGUCAUCCAGAGGGCCGAGCGGCUGGACGUCAUGGAGCAGCAGAGAAUCGGGCGCCUGGUGGAACGGCUGGAGACCAUGAGGCGGAAUGUGAUGGGGAACGGCCUCUCCCAGUGUCUGCUCUGUGGGGAGGUGCUGGGCUUCCUGGGCAGCUCAUCAGUAUUCUGCAAAGACUGCAGGAAGAAAGUCUGCACCAAAUGUGGGAUCGAGACCUCCCCUGGCCAGAAGCGGCCCCUGUGGCUGUGUAAGAUCUGCAGUGAGCAAAGAGAGGUCUGGAAGAGGUCUGGGGCCUGGUUCUACAAAGGACUCCCCAAGUACAUCCUGCCCCUGAAGACCCCUGGCCGGGCUGACGACCCCCACUUCCGACCUUUGCCUGUGGAGCCGGCAGAGCCAGAACCCAGGAGCACUGAGGCCAGCCGCGUCUACACAUGGGCUCGAGGGAGAGUGGUUUCCAGCGACAGUGACAGUGACUCCGAGCUCAGCUCUUCCAGCCUGGAAGACAGACUCCCACCCACUGGGGUCAGGAACACCAAAGGUGACAAGCUCGUGGGGGAAUCAGGUGGCAGCAUGGAAUCCCCUAGGAUGGGGCUGACCCACCCGCCCAGCCUCCUCUCAGGAAGUCAGAGCAGCCUGACCAGUGAGACUGGGGAGGGCUCUGCAGACCCACAGGGGGGGCCCCGCCCUGGCCUGAGCCCAAGGGCCCCGGCAAAAGACACCCCCGGGCGAGUCCCCGCUGCUGAUGUGGCUUCUGGGACUCGGAUGCAUGGAGCAGACUUUCCAGUGGAAGAUCUUGAGAGAGAGGAAGGAAGCAGGAGCCAGGCCUCCCCAGCUCCUUCCUGGCCAGUCCCUGAGCUCUCACCAGCCACCCCAGUGCCAUGACCUCUGACUCAACUAACCAGUGUUUGGGGGCCGAGUCUGCUUACCCCCACCCAGUGCCUUUCUGCACCCCUCCACUGCCAAGGCGCCCUCCUCCUCUACCACUCCCCUCCCACCAGCCUGCUCCGUCACUGACUUUUAUUUAUUGUCCCCCUACCUCUGUCCCCACCCCCUGUCUGACCCAUCUUUAAGUCUGCUUGGGUCUUGGGUUGGGCUGGAAGGGCCUUCAGAGCCUCCUUGAGGGGCCUUCCCGUAUGCACUGAAGUUUCAGCAGGAAGCUACAUGGGCCUUUCUCCAUAUUUAUAUUUAUAGCAAGAAGAAAUACAACCCUGAGCGUUCCCCCUCAAACUGAGUUUGGCCCCUCAAGGUGCAAAGACCCGAGCCCAGAGCAGGUGGGAUGAGAGAUCUGUCUACCCCUUCCCCCAGCUUCGGCUCCCAGGGAGGCAAAAACAGUGUCCUGUCUUUCCCUGGGGCUGGCCCAAGAGCUGGCUUGAAAUCUGGCUCCUUGUUAGGUUUCUCUGAACCCCCCAUUGACCUUCCCAGGUUGCUCUCAGCCCGGGCAGGAGACUCCCCGAAGACACAAUUCACUUCUCUUCAGUAGGUUUGGUUUGGCAUGAAAAAUACACAAAAUGCAGGCAAAUGCUUUUUGAAAACCCUGUGUGUUUGUGUGCGUGAGUGUCCACACCCUGCCCUCCUUCCCCGGACACCGGGUUCUCCAGGGGCCUCCUUGUCUGCGGGCCAAGAACCCUUAUGCCCCCUGCCUAUUAGCUCUUUGCCCUUGCUGCUGGCAGACGGUAAAACUCAUGUUCCCCUGUGACCUGUUACGCUUCAGAAUUAAAACAAUAAAGAUUAGAAUUUGCAUUAA